AUGCAACCAGUGAAUUCAACACCGAAACGCGGUCAUCCACUAGAUGAAAGCGGAGGUUCGAUCAGCAACGGAAGAGGUCUCCGUAAAUAUCCUCGAAGGGGUAUUGAGAAUAAUGCACAUAAGCACUCACAUAAUGUACAACCAGAAAUUAAUUUACAAACACAGCAACCAUCGUCUUCGAUGUCGUCAGAUGUAAGACAACAUCAAGAGAUAAAUCAAGAUAAUACGAAUCGUAAACGAAUUUCUUUUAAUCAACUGAAGCACGCGGUAUCGUCUAAUUUACGAUGUUUCUUUAUUGAAUUCACCUCGGAUGCGGAUCGUAAUAGUAUUCCAACAGCUCUUCAUGCAAGUGAUCUUAUACUGAAAGAACUGCAAACCAAUGGUGUUUUAAUCAAUAGAUUUACAUUAGUAGGAUGGGCAGGAAAAAAGCUAAAGUUAGGUGUUAAUAAUAAAGAAGAUUACGCUACUCUCGUCAGUUCGGAUAAAUGGCCAACAAAGAUAAAUGGAAUUGAUAUUGUGGUCGUGAAACCAAAAUAUAUACCAGAUUCAUUCACUCUCGUCGUCCGUUAUGUACCUAGGGAAUUAGAUGAAAAUUUUGUUUCAAAUGAAAUUCAGCGAACAAUUGCUUCUGCAGAUCGUAUUAAACGUAUUCAUUAUGCAUACCAAAGAAGAACAGAUGAUUAUCGAUUCGAAGUGAAAGAUUAUCGUGAAUAUAAUGCUGUGUUGCAACUGGGUCGAAUUGCAAUAGGAACAAAUGCAGCUCAGAAAGCAAAUGUCGUAUUUGUCUUGAAAGUCUGA